CGGCCACGAUCUCGCUCACAGUUCUCGCAACUCGCGGCUCUCGAGUCUCGCUUCGUCGUGCUGAUAGUGUCCUCGCUGUGUUCCUUUGCCGAUCGACGAUCGAACCUCUCGUUGGUUACCUCACGUUACGAAAGAUAAACCAAUAAACCAAACAUGUGUGACGAAGAAGUUGCUGCACUCGUUGUUGACAAUGGAUCCGGUAUGUGCAAGGCCGGUUUCGCCGGGGACGACGCGCCACGCGCUGUCUUCCCGUCUAUCGUCGGCAGACCACGCCACCAGGGUGUCAUGGUCGGCAUGGGACAGAAGGAUUCGUACGUCGGCGACGAGGCCCAAUCUAAGAGAGGUAUCCUCACGUUGAAAUACCCGAUCGAGCACGGUAUCGUGACCAACUGGGACGACAUGGAGAAGAUCUGGCAUCACACGUUCUACAACGAGCUCCGAGUAGCCCCCGAGGAACAUCCGGUGCUUCUCACCGAGGCUCCCCUCAACCCAAAGGCCAACCGUGAAAAGAUGACACAAAUCAUGUUCGAGACGUUCAACACGCCGGCCAUGUACGUCGCCAUCCAAGCUGUACUCUCGCUGUACGCUUCCGGUCGUACCACCGGUAUCGUUUUGGACUCCGGCGAUGGUGUCUCCCAUACUGUACCGAUCUACGAAGGAUACGCUCUGCCCCACGCUAUCCUCCGUCUGGACUUGGCCGGCCGCGAUCUGACCGACUACCUCAUGAAGAUCCUCACGGAAAGAGGAUACUCGUUCACCACCACGGCCGAGCGUGAAAUCGUCCGCGACAUCAAGGAGAAGCUCUGCUACGUCGCUCUGGACUUCGAACAGGAAAUGGCGACCGCCGCGUCGUCCUCUAGCCUGGAGAAGAGCUACGAGCUCCCUGACGGUCAGGUAAUCACCAUCGGUAACGAGAGAUUCCGUUGCCCGGAGGCUCUCUUCCAACCAUCGUUCCUGGGCAUGGAAGCUUGCGGCAUCCACGAGACGACGUACAAUUCGAUCAUGAAGUGCGACGUCGACAUCCGUAAGGACUUGUACGCCAACACCGUACUCUCCGGCGGUACCACCAUGUAUCCUGGAAUCGCGGACAGGAUGCAGAAGGAGAUCACUGCCCUGGCACCAUCCACCAUGAAGAUCAAGAUCAUCGCGCCGCCCGAGAGGAAAUACUCCGUAUGGAUCGGCGGAUCGAUUCUUGCUUCUCUGUCCACCUUCCAGCAGAUGUGGAUCUCUAAACAAGAAUACGACGAGUCUGGACCAUCCAUCGUCCACAGGAAGUGCUUCUAAGCGCAUAUUUGAUAUUCCUCUUGCAUACUAUCAUUCCCCGAAUCCCGAGAGCGGCCUCUGCCUCGUUUCGCAGGCGGACGCAACAUCAACUUCCGCAACAGUAAUAAUUGUCCUUUGGUCAUUCCGGGGCGAAGGUAGCUUCUUUCGAUUCGGAUGUACGUGGGACAUAAUUCAGCGCAGAGGCAAUCCUAAAACAUCUUUGCUCCAUUCAUUUUUCAUCAUUUAAUUAGACACUAUUGUAUCUUAAACGUACCCCCCGAAUUCCUAAAUACCCUCCUAUCCUAUCGAAUCCUUUGUAUUAUAUAUUCAAAUAACAUUGCCUAUGGUGUGGCAUCUAGCUAACCGCCCUCACGAAAAACAAAAAAAAAACAUCUUUCUUAUUGUCAUCGCGAUAUUUUACUCUACUAUCGGAAUAAUAAUAAUAAUAAUAAUAAUGAUAAUUAUUUGCUCUUCUAUUAUUCGACUGUGUGCUAUGUAUUUGCCAAAUUUUAAUAUUCGCGAGUUUAAACGAUGAACAUGUAUAAGUUAUUUCAGAACAUCGUUCGAUACAGGAUGGAGCCGUUUCCGUGCAUAUCCUCGAAGCACGAGAGAUCCUUUAAUUUCGUAUCCUCCGACUGUAUGCAUUCCGUUUACUUUGCUCUCCGUGGUAUUUAGACACUUCUGCGUGUCGCUUCUUCGAUAAUUCAUCAUUCCAGGCGGAGAAUGGAUGUUUUACUUUAUUAAUCACUUAACUUCUCUUUUUUAUUUGCCGUUACCAAUCGUUGAGGGAGAAGAUGGCUCUUUCCUUGAUUUUUCUCUGUUUUUAAAUAAUGGGGGAGACCGCUGGCCCAAAAAAGUAUCCCACAAACGCUCGCUCAAACGAAUGAAAAAAGACACGGUUUCGACCCCGCAAGCGUAGCCAAAGUAUUAUAAUUUAUUCCCAUUGUAUUGUGCAAGACCAUUCACGUACACAUCUUAAAAGACUACUUUAGACUUAUGGGAUUAUAAAAUAAAACUCUUAAAAACAUUA